AUGGAAGCAUCAGGAGGUUCCCUUCAACAGGAUCAGAAACAUGCUCUUAAUGAUUCAGGCAAAAUAUCUAACACUGAAGACCAAAUCACGCUAAUAGAAGUAUCACUUUACAAACUGCGAAUCUGCAAGGAAGUUGAGGCCCAAGUGCCAUCUUUCCAUUUGCAUUGUCUUCCAUAG